CAUUAUUUGUCAAAAAUGGUUUCGCCCUUCUUGUCGUCGUUCGAGGGUGUCAGUACUGCGCAGUUGGGCUGCGCAAAGAAACGCAGAUUCGGUGUGUUGCCAAGCAACGAAAGAUUCAAGGACGAGGAAAGUACCGGACCAUUUCGAUCCCCUUGCAGCAUGAGCCACGUAUGUGGCAGGUCUUCAUCAGAAAAAAAAUACUCAUACAAAAAUCAGUCAAAAGCAGCAGAUAAAAAGUGUUGUUGUGUCACCACACUGACUGGAGACUCAAAAUAUUUUAUCCAUGGCAGAGACAAGCAGCACAAAAUAAAACGUCUUAGGACCCGCAAGGAGAGAUGUCAGAUGAGGGCUGACAAGAGAGAGACCUCAAAAAACAAGUCACACCACCAUCACUGUUUUUCCCAAAGCAAGAAGAACUUGAUCUUUUACCCAAACAAUCACCACAAUUGUCAUUUACCCACAAGGAAAAAUGCACAAAUUUUAAGCACUGUUGCUGUUACACAGGAGCCGAGUAUCAUCACAGAAAGCCGCCUCUUAGGACACCAUGGUCUCUUCAACCAUGAGGUGAAGUCCAUCAAUAUUGAACGUGUGCUAAGUGAGCAGAGCAAACUUGAAGAAAGUGAAGAAAAAACAAAUGAGGAGACCAAUGACACCCCCUAUUUAUCAUCCACACCUUCUAAUCUCAUUCUGCUCUCCAGUGAUGGUUUGCUGGGUGCUGACGCUGAUGUACCAGUUAAAAAGAAAGCAAAGACUUCUACAAAGACCCAUGAUGACUCCCAAGAUAUUGAAAUGACGAACCUGCAGUUUAGCAAUCCAGGGGCAGAUACAUCCGGUCAGAGACUUCAGCAACAACUUCCCUCUUCUUGUGAAAGUUUUAAAAGCACCGACCAAAGUAAAAAACGCUUCCAAACAACAAAGACCAAACACACAGAUAGUAGUAUGUCUGGAAUGGACAAAGCCUUACAACCAAAGCCUCUUGAUACUAGAGAUAAAAUUAAGACCGUGAACAAGACAAUAAAUGGAGACCAGGACUCUUCAUCUGAAACAGAUUAUCUAGUAUCAAGUCCACGACAUGUUGCCUCACUCUCUGCUGACAACUUUGACCAACAGAACUUACACCAAGAUCCAGAACAUGUAUGGAAGACCACACAUGAAGUGGCAGAACAUUUGAGUGAAUGGCUGCAUUUUCCAGUACCACACAGGAGAGACUUAUCGUCAGAAACCAGGGAGGUGUUACUAAAAGCCCUGCAAGAGAGACAUGGGCCCCACCUUCAAGCAAACCUCCAGGAGAUGCAGCGAACGCUUAGAUUUUAUAAAGAUCCUUCACAGGCCUCAAUUGAGCAAGAACAACACAUGAUGAGAGACGACAAGCUUUUUUCUACAGAUGCAUCUGUGAAAACCACAGGAAGUGAACGUUUAUGUUGGACAUCCAGUCCUCAGACAUGCAACAAUCUACAACAGAUUACUGAAGAGUUGGCAAACCCUGUGGACACCUUCGUCAAACCCUUGGAUGAAACCUUUAAACCUGGUUUCUCUCCCUUCCUUCACAUGGACUUUGAGCCUUCUGGAACUUCAGUGAGUGACUUGUUUGCUCACUCUCCCAUAUCAUACCAACAAGACAAUGUCUCAGGGCUUGAACUCUGGGAAACCAGCAAAUGUAAGACUCAAGAGUCAGAUUUGCUUGAUUUGUUUCAAAACAAUUUUGUGAACCAAACUAGGAACUUGAGAGAGCGGCUGAGUGAGCAACAGCCACAUCACAGCAACGUCCAGCCUUUCUUUUCCCACCAAGAUAGACAUUCAGCAGAUCUGCAUGUUUUUCCCCGGGAACAGAACCCAUCUAAAACUGACAGGUUUUAUUUUGCUCCUUUCUUCCCAUCAAAAAGUCACCGCCGCUCGCAGAGUAAUCACUUACAAGGUUUUGGUCAGUUUUCACCUGUUCACCAAAAUUUCCGGCCCGAUCCUACUGACAUGAUGCACUACCCCCCAUCACACAUGCUUGAAAGAAACCUGGUACCUCCAUCUUCAUCCUUACCAAGUCCGGAGCACUGGUCUUUUCCUCCUAUGAGACUGUACUAAUACGUGGUUAAGCUCUGAAUGGACAACUGCCUGUUGACAUUGCUCUCUGAGUUUUGUACCAUUUAGACAAAGUAUUCAUGUGUGCUUAUUUGAAGUAGUAUUAAACUGAAAAAAAACAACAAUAGGUGUCAUCACAAACUAUUUUUGGUUCAAUUUGUGUUCAUUAAAGGCAACAACCAAUUAUGCAUUAUGUGCAUCUUUAGAACAUCUUUUAUUAUGCUGACUGCUACAUUACAAAUACAUGCACAAAAGUGUACAAUUCUUUAAGAAGCUUGAGUUUUUUUCUGGUUUAGAAAAUGCUGUUUUGAAAGUUGUUUCUCACUUAUUGUGACUGCCAAACACGAUCUACAUUUAUGGAAAAAACUGUAUGACAGAACAUCUGAGAAUCUGUAAGAAUAUAAAUGAACAUAGAAAUAAAUUGGUCAUAACAUGCUAA